UGUCUGUUGUCAGUGUAAUUUGCAAGCGAGUAAUGAGUCUCAUUAACAGAGCCAGAAGGUCUCUGUCUAAUACUAAUGCCACUUCCUCGUCAAUUACUUCCAUCAAGGAUUCGCCAGCUGCCAAAAAGGAGAAGAUUAGUGUAACUAAAACUGAGAACAACAAAGAGAACGAAUCCCCUAGCGAAUCAGACGAGGAGUACGUGGUGGAGUCAAUCGUGAGCAAGAAAGAAUCCAAAAAGGGCGAAGUGUUGUACGAGAUCAAGUGGAAGAACUGGGCAAGCAAAGACAACACAUGGGAGCCAGUGGAGAAUCUGAGUCACUGUAAGAAGAUGGUGGCUGACUUUGAGAAGGAACAGGCACUUACAGAAGAACUGGAAAAGAAGAAAACCGAAUUAGGUGGGUUUGAACGUGGCCUUGUGCCUGAGAAGAUCAUAGGAGCCACAGACAACGGUGGUCAGCUGAAAUUCCUCAUGAAGUGGAAGGGAUUAGAUCAAACAGACGUCGUGCUGGCCAAAGAAGCCAACAAAAAAUGCCCUCAAAUUGUGAUCAAAUUCUAUGAGUCAUCGCUCACCUGGACAAAAGACGAAUGAGUUCAUCUUUUCGUGACCUUUCAUUUUGGUCACAGUUUUAAUAAUUUUGAACACAUUGGCUGUGAAAACAUCUGAAAGUACAUUUUAAAUGCAACCAAACUCAAUUGAACUUUGUCUUAUUGUAAAAUUGUUUGCUGCUUCUGUUUGUUUGUUUUAGAGAACUCUUCUUGGUGUUGUCAAAUUAAACAGUUUUACUUUGCUUGCUUUUAA